CCAAGUUGGAACUACAUAGAUUCUCUCAAAAUCCAGACAAAUCAACUUGGUAUUUUCUUGUUCAAGGUUUUGAUUCCAAAGACAUACAUAACAAACUUUUUGGGGAACUCAUGAAUUUGUUGUGUACAUUGUUUAAUUUCCAUAGCACUGGAUUUUAAAGAGUGAAUGUUUUUGGAGAAAUAUUAUGGAUUAACAAAAUCCAUCAAGUUUAUUUCCUCUGCCAAGAACAAGUCCUCCAAGUUUGAAAUUCUAUUGGGAAGUUGGUAUUUUUUUUUAAUCAAAAUAAUUUUUUUUCUUGGUACAAAAAAAAUGAGUUGCUUUGCAUGGUGUAAUACAUCAGACCCAAGGAUUAAGAGGUCAUUAAGGAGAAGCAUUGGGGAUUACCAUGGAGGAAAAACUCUUGCAGCAUUUGCCAACAUGUCUUUUAAAACUGAUAGUGGCAAGAGAAAAUUUAUAGAGGAGAUAGCAAGACUUGGAAAAGGGAAUAUUACCUCAAAAGCUUUUUCAUUUAGAGAACUUUGUGCUGCAACUCAAAACUUUCACCCUUCCAAUGUGAUUGGUGAAGGAGGCUUUGGUAGGGUUUACAAAGGAUACCUUAAAAGCACAGAUCAAGUUGUUGCUGUGAAGCAACUUGACAGGAAUGGAUUUCAAGGGAAUAGGGAAUUUUUUGUUGAGGUUUUGGUUUUGAGUCUUUUGAAACACCCUAACCUUGUCAACUUGGUAGGUUAUUGUGCUGAAGGUGAACAAAGGAUUUUGGUGUAUGAAUACAUGGUUAAUGGUUCUUUAGAGGAUCAUUUACUUGACAUCGAUCCAGACAGAACACCAUUGGAUUGGCAAACUAGAAUAAAAAUUGCAGAAGGUGCAGCGAAAGGACUCGAAUACUUGCACGAAAUAGCAAAUCCUCCGGUAAUAUACCGUGAUUUUAAAGCAUCAAAUAUUCUUUUAGACGAAAAUUUCAAUCCAAAACUAUCUGAUUUUGGACUCGCCAAAGUUGGUAUACUUGGUGAUGAAAUGGCACAAGUAUCCACAAGGGUCAUGGGAACCUAUGGCUAUUGCGCACCCGAGUAUGCAUCCACAGGACAAUUGACUAUAAAAUCAGAUGUUUAUAGUUUUGGAGUUGUGUUCUUGGAAAUGAUCACAGGAAGAAGAGUCAUUGAUAAUUCGCGAAAAACAGAGGAAGCAAACUUAGUCCUUUGGGCACAACCACUUCUAAGAGACAGAAGAAAAUUUGUACAAAUAGCAGAUCCAUUGCUAGAAAAUAAAUACCCCAUAAAGGGUUUGUACCAAGCUCUAGCAAUAGCAGCAAUGUGUCUUCAAGAGGAAGCUGAAACAAGGCCAUGGAUCAGUGAUGUGGUUACUGCUCUUUCCUUUUUAGCAACCAAGAAGGUGGAUGGAGACGCUUCCUUAAAUGACAAUUGUACUCAAGGUGGCGAUUUUAGUGGAGACAACAACUCGAAUGACGAUGAAAAUGGCGACGAUGGUGAUAAUAAUAAGAAUAAAAUCCAAGACGAAAACGGAGACAAAGAUGAAGAGAAAGAUAUUAAUAAUAAUAGUGACAAUGACGACAACGAUAAUAAUGACGAUGUUAAAAGAAACAAAGAAUAGUGAAAGGAAAUACAAUUUUUAGAAGAGACGAAACCAUUCUAUAA